CUGGCAUCAAGCCAAUCUUUUUUCUUUAUUGAAAUUAUAUCAGCUCAAAUCUAGAAUGGGAACUAUGGAAACAACCAUUUUUCUUUUCACCCACGUGCUUAUUUUUGUUAUACCAGGUAUCUUAUCUUGUCCACCUGCCGAGGAGGGAAUGUCUUAUGACCUUAAGUAUUCGACGGUCAAUUUAAAAAAGGAAACGACCAUGGUCAUGUGGACAAAAGACGACAUCCUAGUCGCUGAAUGUCCAGUUCUGAAUGGGGAAUGUGUGAUCAAUGAUGUCUACUGGUUGUCGGCUAGAGUAGAACAGAUAAACGAUAUGUUAACGUUUCACAUACACAUACAUAAUGUCUCUAGAAGGAUUCCCACUAACCCUGCAGGGGUAUGGAAGUUGAGAACACAUACAUCAAGCCCUAAUGUUGAAGUUUUCUAUCAUUGCAGCUUACAAGUAUACGCGAAACCGAAAGAUGUGUUCUGUGAUUUUGUUUGGUCCAUCGACACUUUAGACAUUACAUGUAGUGUUACACGUAUCUAUCCUGAGGCCAUGAUGAUUGUCAACAAAACAAACACUCACUUUGGUCCCAUUUCAUGCACGAACACCAAACUCAAUGAGGAACCUGUUUAUUAUAAAGCUAAUUGUAAUACACAAUUUCUCCAUCAACAAUUACACGUGGUAGCGGAUUACUUCAAUUUCUUUAUUUAUCCUAACAUCAUUGCUGCGUCUAUAAAUAUGCAAUCCGGCGUCAAUACCACAGCAUCGUUGCAUGCAGAACCCGCAUAUGUUGUCCUGAAGGAAUGCAGUUUAAGAGAAAAACGAAUAAAUUGCAGUUGUAGGGGAUUGGAUAAAGGCGUAUCAAUUGUUGAUAAUUACAUUCACAAUAACAGGAUUGACUACACAAACAAGGACGUUUUCAACAACCAAUACGCCACAGAAGAAGAAAUGUCAUGCAAACCAACAAGGUAUUCUAUAAAUGGAGAAAGUCGCAUAUAUUGUGACAACAGUGCAGUUAUUGUUCUUGCUCUUGUUUGUGUGGUAAUGACCAUAACGACGUUGAUACUCUUCUUCUUUUAUACAAACAGAUGUAGGCUGUUAAGAGAUAUGGUAUUUAUGCUUCGGAAAACAAAUUACAGAGAUAUUCACCAAAAUCCCAUUGGAGAAUCUGCUUUCGAUUUUUCGUUAGUAGCCAUUGACACUUCAGAAAAAGAAGAUUUUACAGCUUGCUUGCUUAACCAAGAGACAACCCAACAGUCUUUAACAGCAAAAAUGUACCCUAACUUGCUAGAAGGAGCUAGCGCCCAGAGUAUGAAACCAAAAAUUGUGGAUAAAAUUCACCUUAUGACUACAUCUUCGGUAUUACUGAUUGGUACACGAAAUAGCAAUAAAGAUCUGUUGAAGAGAUCAAUGCUUCAAAGAGAAUAUUGUCUUGAAAAAACAGAGACCAAGAAAACUAUUGUUGACUUAAAAACUAAGAAAGAUUUGUUUGAAAUAGGACGAAAUUGGAAAUUAGUUUUCAACCAAAUUAAACUACCAGAUGAGGAGAAAAUACAGUUACACUUCACCAAGUAUGACAAUCACGUUAUUAAACUAGUGGACGGACCAGUGUAUGAUACAAAUAACAUUAACACAUUUAUUGAAGACAUGAAAGCUUGUAUUACUUUAAGUAAUGAGGAAUUUAAAGCAAUAAUCGUAGCAUUUACAAAUGACAGAGCUAAUGAUUGUAAUUCUGUUAUUAAAAUUCUGCAUGACUCUUUCGGAUUCGACGUAAAUAAUGUCAUUUCAGUCAUCAUAUACGAAACUGAAUUGAAAAUUGGGAAGGAAAUAAAAACUGAUUAUGCGACAGUUAAAAGUGUAUGUGGAGAGAGAAUGUUGAUGUACGACAUCGAGAACCACACCGAGGAAGUUAAAUCGUUGAUUUCUCUUGUCAGUCAGAUGGAAUAUAAUUCCAACAAUCAACUGCUACGUAUCAAAACCCAACGGUCGCUGCAAUACGGCGAAUCGGAAAAAAUAUUACAAAACAUUUGUUUACUGCUCGAAACAGUUUUGGACGAGUCGCAAAAUUUGCACGGCAAAAAUAAAGAGCUGGUUGAUCAUCUUGAAAAUGUGUGGAACAAAUACCACGAAUACUACGAGAAAGGUGAUAAAUUAACUGCAGAUAGCAAUCACACACUAAAGAUGGACAAAAGUGUCAUCGAAGACGUAACACAUUUAAUUGAAUGUUUUCGAAACAUCUAUUCUGUAGCUGAGCCAAUGAGAAGAAGUAAAGAAAUAUUAAUGCCGUCUUUUAAAACAAGUUACCAAAACUUCCAUGAUUGGUACGUAAUGUCUGUAAUUAAAGACAAGGAAAAUUUGCUGGACAGCAAUUUAAAAAUGAGACUGUCUAAAGUCGUGAGUAAAUGACCAAGGUAAAGUAAUGCUACUAUAUUGUCAAUCAAAAUGUUUAAAAUGUGUUUACUUUUUUUACUUA